GAGGCGGGGCGGGGGCAGGGAUUAGUGGACUUCCGGUGCUCUCGCAGUGCACACUCUGUUGUGGUGGUGUAUGUCCCUUCUUCGUCCUCUUUCUGUGAUUUGAUCGUUUCAUUGGUUUGGAGUCGCGGCAGGGCAGGCAGCGAUGGCGGUCGCGUCCAUGAGUGCUGUGUGCGUAGGAAGCGCUUUUGGUGCGUCUGCGACGGAUCAGGCACACUCCACUCUUGGCAUGGGAAGCUCGACUGUGUUCGGCGAGACACUGCGGUGCGGCAGCGCUGGCGGCUCCUUGCGGUUCUCGCACAAGACACUCUCACAGCCGGUUUGUAAAUGUGUCAUUUCGAACUCUUCGAACAACUCAUCGGUUUCUUCCAAGGGGCGCACUGUUGUUCCGCCUAUGCACCAGGACAACUGGAACAAUAUAUCGUUCGGGUCCAGACCUUUAACUGACCUGUCUGUGCCUGAAUUGCGACACAACAGUAGCCGGUUGAAGAUCUUUUCUGGCACCGCCAACCUGCAGCUUUCGCAGGAAAUCGCUUGUUAUAUGGGUCUUGAUUUGGGCAAGAUCAAGAUCAAGCGGUUUGCGGAUGGAGAAAUAUAUGUGCAACUCCAAGAGAGCGUCCGUGGUUGUGAUGUGUUCUUGGUGCAACCGACGUGUCCGCCAGCUAAUGAAAAUUUGAUGGAGCUUUUAAUUAUGAUUGAUGCAUGCCGACGAGCAUCAGCAAAAACUAUCACCGCUGUCAUACCAUACUUUGGUUAUGCUAGAGCUGAUCGGAAGACGCAAGGCCGAGAAUCGAUUGCAGCUAAACUGGCUGCUAAUUUAAUUACUGAAGCUGGGGCAAACCGUGUGCUCACUUGUGACCUGCACUCUGGCCAGUCGAUGGGCUACUUUGAUAUUCCCGUUGACCAUGUUUAUGGCCAACCUGUGAUCCUGGACUAUCUGGCGAGCAAGAUGAUUUCAUCAGAUGACUUGGUUGUAGUAUCCCCUGAUGUGGGAGGAGUUGCUCGAGCGAGGGCUUUUGCUAAAAAGUUGUCAGAUGCCCCUUUGGCUAUCGUAGACAAGAGGCGGCAGGGCCAUAACAUUUCUGAGGUCAUGAAUUUGAUUGGAGACGUCAAAGGAAAAGUGGCUGUCAUGGUGGACGACAUGAUAGACACUGCCGGCACUAUCACAAACAGUGCAGCACUUCUACAUGCUGAAGGAGCUCGAGAGGUGUAUGCUUGCUGCACACAUGCAGUUUUCAGUCCACCUGCAAUUGAACGACUAUCUGGGGGACUUUUCCAGGAGGUGAUCAUCACGAACACUAUUCCGGUGAAGGAGCAAAAUUACUUUCCCCAGCUAACUGUGUUGUCGGUUGCCAAUCUCUUGGGAGAAACGAUAUGGCGUGUCCAUGACGACUGCUCCGUGAGCAGUAUCUUUCGAUGAUUCAUGAACCUCCUCAGAACACUCCAAAUUCAAUGACUUUCAACGACAACUUUGUGGCUGCUUUCGUAUGGAAGCUCCCUUUCAGUUAAUUCUGUCUGGCACUGAAAUGAUUAGCCAGUUUUAAAUUUUGUAGGAUACACAUCUUCUUAUUUAUCUAAACAACAGUCGUUGUGCGGCUAAGUGCUGUCCGUGGAUCUCACACAAACCCUGAUGUGAUGCGAGUAUCUUGGUGGCCUCCCACGGAUGACACGAAACGCAAGUGAAGAGCUCAGGUUUUGCUUAUUUGACCCCACUUUCGCUCCAAAAUCUCUUGGCACUUAUCUUGUGCACCAGUGAUAUUUCGUUCUCUAAUGUUAGCAGGUAGCGGCAGCUCUGUUUGGCCUUAUCAAUGUGCAACUGAGUCAUGCUUUGGUUUUGCCCCUUUCUACUAAGAAAUAUCAGAAAUCGCUUGAUGAAGGUGGUCACCAUGGUGUGAGUCUUAGAGCCCAUCAAUUCUGUAGAGAAACUCCUGUUCAGCAUGUUACACGUCAGAACAGAUGCAAUUUAGAUAAAUGUCUUGUUACCACGAACUCUUCGAAUGUAUUUCGAUCAAAUGUUGACAUGAUAACUUUCAACCUCUAUAUUAAAGCCACUUGUAUGUUCA